AUGUAGACUAAUGUAAUUUGAAAUAAAGUACUUAGAAGUCACCAAACUUUUAUCAGAAUUUCACUUGACAAUUGCACGCAUAAGUGUAAAUCUUGACAAAAAAAAAGUCCGUUCGUUCUUGUCUUAACAUGCGUAAUGCGCUUGCGCUGAAAUACCCGUGGGUAGGGAUCCAACGUACGUAGAAGGAAGAUUUCCCUGCACAUCUGUUUUUGUGUUUAAAAGGAAACUGGCGGUGAAAGCAUGUCUGCAUGUGAAAUAACUUUAAGAGUCACUGGUCAGAGUAGCCAAGGUGGAAGAAAAUAUAUGGAAGAUGCAUUUGUUGUAGCAUAUCAACAAACAGAAGAUAAGAAAGAUUUAGAAUACGCUUUUUUUGGCAUUUUCGACGGCCAUGGUGGAAAGGAAGCUGCUCAGUACGCAAAAAAUAAUUUGUUGGAUAACAUCGUUUGCUUUAAAAACUUUUGGCAAGAUGAUGAUGAAAUGGUUUUAAAAGCCAUUCGUGACGGCUUUUUGACAACACAUCUUGCAAUGUGGAAAGAAGUGGAUAAUUGGCCAAAAACAGCCUCAGGCCUUCCUAGCACUGCUGGAACAACUGCAAGUGUAGCUUUCAUCCGCAAAGGAAAGCUGUAUACUGGACAUGUGGGAGAUUCAAGAAUUGUACUUGGUCUUAAAGAACCUGGUAUUGAAGAGUGGCAGGCGGAAUGCCUAACAAUAGAUCACAAACCAGAAUCUCCUGCAGAGAAACAACGCAUUCUUGAUUCAGGCGGUCUUGUAAUGAGCAAAUCUGGUGUAGAGAGAGUGGUAUGGAAAAGACCAAGGCCCGGCCAUCAAGGACCAGUAUUACGAAGCACUGAUUUUGACAAAAUACCUUUUCUGGCUGUUGCUCGUUCACUGGGUGAUUUGUGGAGUUUUGAUUACUUCCAGCAAGAAUUUGUUGUAAGCCCUGAGCCGGAUCUUGGUGUCAUGACUUUAGACGUAAAGAAAGAUAUUUGUCUUAUAUUGGCAUCAGAUGGUCUGUGGAAUAUUAUGUCUCCACAAGAUGCUGUUAAUUUAGUACAAGAUGUUGAAAAUGAAAAUAAGAAACUCAUUGCCAAAUAUGGAGUUUCAGAAAAUCUCCAUCUGACACUUUGCAACCCAUCGAAGGUACUUGUGGAUUGUGCGCUGGAAAGAUGGAAUCAGUUGAGAACGAGAGCAGACAAUACAAGUGUUGUGACUGUUAUGUUGGAUCUUAAUAAUUCAGCUGAAACUGAAGUGCUUAAAGAACAGCUUGUUCUGAAAAUGAAUUAUCCUCACACUUUGCAAGUAUGGGAUGUUGGAAAGCGUCCUAAGAACUGCUGCAUGUUCUCAAAAACAAAUGAUUCUGAACAUUCGAAAGAUUUACAAAGUGAUACAAUGGAUGACAAGAUAGUGGGAAAUAAAAUGGGCUAUCUUCAGUUAUCUUCAAAAUUGUUUGAUGGUGAAGGUUGUAGCAGUCAUACAGAAAGUGAUAGACAUACAAGUAGUCCAUUGCAGUCAUGUUCUAAUCUUUUACCAGAAUAUUUUGCACCAAAAACAUCCAAAAAGACGGAAAUGGAAGGUAUUGAAAACAGUCCAUGUCCUUUUCCUCGGUGGAGUAAAAGUGCGUCUGGGCGUACGAGUCUGUCCAAACUGGCUACAUGGAGCAAGGUCGUCAGCCAUCGCCGCAUGAGUGAUCCCUUUCCUAACCGAAAUUAUGAAUUAGGUCAUUCUUCUACUGAUGAUGUGUAUUCAUUAUCAGAUGAUGAAAACAAUCAGUUCAAUGAUGCAGAGAACUGCAACAGCUUGCUUUUCCGUGAAGGAAAAAUGAUCGACUUCUGUGAAGAAUUUAAUGAUGAAAAUGCAGUCUGCACCAGCAACGACUGCCUGAAACAGUACGAUGGUUCGAAAAACUCGACCACCGAUGAAAAGAUGUACAAGACUGCUUUAGAUAAUUUAUGUAAUCUAAAACAAGCCAUCAAAAGAAAAUAUCCCGGCACAGAAAUCUCUCAGUCGUACAUCAGUGGUGGUUCUCAAAGUACUGACAAAGGAGAAGGAGUUAGUUCACAUAAACGUAAACCUAGUUUGAUUAAUAUUGACAGACUCUCUGGGUCCAGCACAUUAUCAGAUGUACAAAGCUAAGAGAAUGCACAUUUAAUAAUAAUUAGACAUUUAAAGUGCAUAACGUUUCUCGACUAGAAUAUUAGUUGGAAAAAUGACUGUGAUAUGGAAUCUUUGAAUGUACUUGUUUAGUAAAAUUAUCGAGACUUCUUUUAUUACUAUGUAUAUUAUAUGUACUCUAGUCAUGUACAUGUUAAUAUAUAUGCAUAUAUUGAAUUUGUAAUUCCAUUCUCAUCAUACAUUAUAAAGUUGUAAUAUAUAUCUUACAUGUUAUUUAUUGAUACAUAUAUUGUUCCUUGGAUCUUUUGUCUUGCCUUAUGUUUUAAAUUUGUUACAUGACUUUUAACUGUAAGCAAGAUAAGGUCCUGUUUCUUUAAUAUAUAGUUAUAAUUUAUUGCAAGAUAUUUUGCAUAAUUUCUAAUAAUUUAUUGUUAAAUUGCAGACUGCCAUUUUGUUUUUGUAUAUAUAUAUAUAUAUGACUGGGUUUCCUAAUAGUUUAAUAUUUA